AUGAGGAUCCAAAAACCAGCGAGAAAUCUGAAGAAAUCAAGAAAUUUGGGGAAUUUCCGGAAAAUGCACUCCGUCUCAACGGAUCAUCCCCGUCAGGGCGUACUAGUGGACGAAAUGUACAGUGAUUUGCUGCCGCAACAGCCGACAGGGGUGUACUUUUUGCUGGAAGUACACACCCAAGAAACCGGACUUACUCCGCAUGAGAUCGUAGAAGUGGCUGACGAAAACCAAGAUCCGGCAGUCAAUGUGCACGCAGACGUGGAAGUGGAGGAAAUUCUUUCACCCGGUGAAAGAACCUACGAUGAUCACAACCGCGCUCAUCGCGAUGACGAGGACAUCGAAAUGCACGAUGGGUGA